CAUAUUAUAUGAUUAAUUAAUUGAACAAUUUUUUAAUUUGCGAACAUCGGUAUAAUUAAGUCCGAAAUCGUGCGUGCCAUUUUAAUUUUAAAUGACACACAUUGAUAUCAGGUACACGGUUCUAUAUAGUUGCGAUUGAUGUUAGUUAAAUAGCCCAUCGAUUAUUUACUCCUCCAUAAAGUCUCUGCACUUCGAUUAAACAAAUAUAAAUAUAAAUAUAAAAUAAAAUCGUUAUUCACGAUGUCAAGAUUUAUUUUAAUGAUAUACAUAUACCAAGUACAAAAAAAUUAUACAAGGGAUACGUAUAAUUUUACAUCGUAAUUUAUAUCAAACGUAAGAUAAUUCCACACACGUAAACAUCACAUUUUCUAAACGUCGAAACGUUAGAAAAUACUUUUGCAAUUUACAAAUAUAUAUAUUUUAUAUCAAACAUCAAACUUCUUCUAUCUUUUAUAUCAUAAAAUAUGAACGUUUAAACACUCAAAGAGUUAACUCGCGUGUUAUAUUAAAUGUAAAGAAAAAAGAAACGUCGAAACGUUAGAAAAUACUUUUGCAAUUUACAAAUAUAUAUAUUUUAUAUCAAACAUCAAACUUCUUCUAUCUUUUAUAUCAUAAAAUAUGAACGUUUGAGCACUCAAAGAGUCAACUCGCGUGUUAUAUUAAAUGUAAAGAAAAAAGAAACGUCGAAACGUUAGAAAAUACUUUUGCAAUUUACGAACGUAUAUAUGUUAUAUCAAACAUCAAACUUCUUCUAUCUUUUAUAUCAUAAAAUAUGAACGUUUGAGCACUCAAAGAGUCAACUCGCGUGUUAUAUUAAAUAUAAAGAAAAAAGAAACGUUACGAACAUAGAAAUAUAGUAUAAGAAUAAAUUACGUGUUUUAAGAAUAAUCGACAAUGCAGAAAAAGUACAGGGAAGGAAACUGAUAGCGUGUUUCCCUCAAAGAGAAGCCCAAGGAAGGAUUAAGUAACUCGUGGCAAGGACGUGGCCUAGUCGACGGAGACGGUGUUCACGAUGGUCCAACGGCUAUCGUUGUUGAUCGAAUUGUUCGUGUUGGGCGUGGUCCGAUUUCUUGCUCAAUUUUGCGGCCGCAAAUCGGGUGGCCGUCGAAGGUACCGUCACCCAGUUACGUCAGCGUGCCCGUGGGUCCUGGUCGCGCGGUAUAAAAGCCGAAAACCACCCGUCUGUGGUAUCAUUCGCAUCACAGACAGACAGAUCAAGAGAUCUUCCAAUCAAGCGAGCUACAAUGGCCUUCAAGUUCAUCGUCUUCGCUGCCUUCGUUGCCGCCGCUAACGCUGGAAUCCUGCGAGAGCCUCUGACCUACGCACCAGCGGCGCCACUGGCUUACUCCGCACCUCUGGCCUAUGCGGCUGCUCCUGUAGCCAAGGCGGUGGUGGCCGCCCCUGUGGCUAAGGCCGUUGUUGCCAAGACCGUUGACGCCGACUUCGACCCCCACCCCCAAUACAGCUACGCCUAUGACGUGCACGACAGCCUGACCGGUGACGCCAAGAGCCAACAGGAAACCCGCGACGGAGACGUUGUCCAGGGUAGCUACUCCCUGAUCGAAGCUGACGGAACCAGACGCACCGUCGACUACGUUGCUGACCCAGUCAACGGUUUCAACGCUGUAGUCCGCAAAGAAGCUGCCGCCGCCCCUAUCGUCGCUGCUGCCCCAGUAGCUAAAAUUGCUGCCGCUCCAGUUGCCAAAAUCGCCGCUGCUCCAGUCGCCUACGCCGCUCCCGUUGCCAAGAUCGCCGCUGCUCCAGUCGCCUACGCCGCUCCAGUCGCCAAAUUAGCCGCCGCUCCAGUCGCAUACGCCGCCCCCGCUCCAGUCGCCUACGCCGCUCCCGUUGCCAAAUACGCCGCUGCUCCUCUCGCAUACGCCGCCCCCGCUCAUGCUUUCAUCCACUGAAUCCGAUCUAUUGUUUAGGAAUUAUGUUUGUCGAAUAAAUACGGUUUUUUUUUAGCAAGUA